AUGUUUAAAAUAGAAUCUCCUGACGAGACGGUUCAUUCCAUCUUGGAAGGUCUUUGCGUGUCCAGUAUCAACGGGGUUCACCUUCCAGAGAUAUGGCAACUUAGCAAGAAGCAGCUACAUAGUAAUGAUUCCUUCUACAAGAAAUUGGUGUGGUCAUGGCUCAUUAGGGAGCCUGACUUUUUGGUUUACAAGAUAAUCAAGGGGAAAAAAGAAGGCCAAUUGAUUCUGGAAAAGAUGGAUAUCUCUGAGUAUCGAGAUUUCCAGGUACUAUGCGAUAGGUAUGGAGUUGAUAAUAUAAGUUUCAAAGUGAAUGGAGAUAGACAGUCGCUUUAUUUGACAGGAGUCUCAAUGAAGAACAACGUAUUAGGUCAGAAACCUUACGAGUUGCUUAUGUAUAUUGCCAAGGCUAAAGAGCACGGCAUUACGUCAGUUGACUUGAUUAAAGAGUCCGGCCAAGAUAAACGAAGCUUGACCUCUAGGUUACAGGUUCUUGAAGACCAUAGCUACAUCAAAAAGAUCCCCACAGUAGUUUCAGGUUUCAGAACUUACUUGAUGGUCCAUUAUAGGUUCCAGAACCGGAUGGAUAACAUUCCUCUUCGAUUUGAGAAAUACGAUAUGAUGAAAAGCAUAAUGAACGAGUUGAGUAAGGCUCCUAAUGGAGUACGAGUCAUCUCGGAUCUAAUGAAGCAGGCGCAGGCCGAUCAUAAUCAGUUGGACAGGCGCAGAUUUCAUAGUAUCAUACGCAUUCUUUGUGCCAAGGGCUUCACUGAAGAGGUGAUAGUACUACACGAAGAGAGUUCUAGAAGGUUUGUCGGUGUGAAGAUCUUGAAGUCUCUACCUUCUCAAUUAAGUCAGGCACAACUUCGAGAUCUUAUUAAUUCACCCAAUGAUUAUGAGAGUUCACCAAUACCAGCACCAGAGUCAGAAUUAACACCAACAGAGAGGCUCGAUACCUCUCUUAUACUAAAGGAAGAAUCAGAGGUGGAAAUGUUCGACACUGAAAAGAGGCCGGAAAUUCUUUAUAACCAGAUAUUUCCUCUUACCAACCAAAUCUACGAUAUUGUGAAGGAAAGCAGAGGGAUUUCCUCUACCGAAUUGGAGACUAGGUUAAAUGGCAGAUAUCGAACGAGAGUUUUUGCCAAUGCUCUUGCCAGUUGCACUAUGGAGAAGCCUGAAAAGGGUAAUCCACAUCAAAUAGUAAGACAAUUGUGCUAUCAAUCCAAACAGCGAUUUUUCAGAUUACUUCCCCUCAAGGACUACUUGGAACUGAACAAGAUAAGUUCCUUUCCCUACAUGCAGUUGGUACCACCGAUUCUAGAUGGCGGUUUCAACAAGUCACUUAUUGAGCACUCUGCCGAUGAGGCUCGAUCCACCUACAGACAGCGUUGCACACUUUUUGAAGUCAAUGAUACUAGUCUACUCUAUUGGAACUCUUAUAAGGGCGAGGCUCUACCUAAAUAUAUCCAGAAGCAAAAGCUGCUCGGUCAGUACGAAUCUAUUGACGGCGAUUUGUUGAUAGUAUUCAAAAAGUCAAAGUAUCGGGUGAAGAAGAAGAGAGUUGUGGAGAUUAAGGAUAAUCACUUGACUACACCAAUCUCUUCUGUUUAUUCCCCGGUGCUCCCAGUACCGGCUACCAGUCAGCAAUCAGCUGCAGAAGAUAUGGAGGAGCUCAUCCAGAACAUAUAUGGAGACAAACCUUCGAAAGUUCUUGAGGAUAUCAAGGCAGAACCAAGUGAACAGGAAGCAUUGUUUGUUGAUAAGGGACCAAGAGAAAGACGUAGGCUGCUUUUGGAAAUGAUUGACAAUCAGAAAUUUUGCGUGGUGAAUGGAAAUUUGUGUGAACGGCUAUCUGAAGCCCUUGAGGUGGACUAUCUUAUUGACCGGAAAACUUUGAUCAAGGAUUGUGUGUUCUUAGAGUCUAAGGGGAAAAUAAAGAUUGAAAAGAGGAAGGUGAGUGAUAAGAGAUCUCUGACUGUACUUCUUUCUGUAAGCAAUCCUGCUUCUGAGUCUCAGAUUGAUAAGCUGUUUACUGUUGGCUCUGCCCACUCUCAAGUUGCUAAACUUAAGAAGAGGAAUAAUGCCACAAUGAUUAACUUCAAUAAGGUGAAAUUCUUUAAAGAACCUGACGCAAGUCUAUGGAUUAGCAAGAAGAAGAAAAGCUCUCGCCAAAAAGGAUUAUUGGCUGGUAGCCACAGACUUGACAGAGGAAAGUACAGUAUUGACCAUAUGUUACAUGCAUAUUCACCUCAAUCUGGAGCUAAGGAAUCUAUCGAAUCAACUGAGGUUAUCAGUGAGAAGGCUCUUUCGGAGGGAAACCAUCAAAAUGAUAAGAGAAAGCGAUCAGAUGAGGAUCUCUUGGGACCUCUUAUGAGGCAAAAGAAGCGCAAGAAAUUGACCAUCAAACCGAAGCAAUCACAACCUACUGCAUCUGCUACCCAUCCUGGUAUGAAGAAGAAACGCACAAACAUUAAGCUCGAGAAGAAGUAUACUAUGACUUACAUUAGAGGAGUCAUUAUCUCCCAGUCUCUUUCUACUGGUCAAAAUAUUGAAUGGCCCAAAGUGGCUGAAUUGUUUGAUAAGCGGUAUACAGCAGAGAUGCUACGAAGACAAUGGCCCAAGCAUAGAAAGUUGCUAGGCUAUAGAGGUUUACAACAGGCAAGAAAAAAUUGGGAGAACGUGCUUAUGAACCGUAUUACUGAUGGGAUAAUCACCGAGCAACAUCUUCUAGAUUAUGAUCUUGCACAGAUGAUCGAUAUCUGGCAAAAGGCCGAUCCUGACUUUGUCACCAACAAGGCUGACUUUGUUCUCUACAAGAACUACGAUGAAAAUUUGAGUGAUAUGUCGUUCAAAACCUAUCAUCCAUCUAAUGGAGCCGAAUUGUUCAAGGACGCUCUUUCACUUAUCGAUAAAGAGAUUCACUAUGCUAACGCUCUAUUUGUAUAUUCCCUUGAUAACGAUAGUGAGCGCCGGAUUUUGAAGGAUACAGAAGAGCCUACAGAACUGGAGAGGGCCAAAUCAAGCCUCAAAGCUUUAUUUGCUACUGGGCCCAAAGAAUUCUCGUCAGAUAAAGCCCGUAGUAUCUUUUCCAAAACCCAUAACACAAUAUACGCACAGGCUCUUAGCCAGCUUGAAGAUGAGAAGGCCAUUGCAUUUCUAGGUGAGGAUUCCAGUAUUAAGUUUGCACUAACUGACAAGUUACUGUCUGUGGCAGAUUGCAAAAUGGACGAGGACUUUUUCCAUGCAGCUGUGCGAUUUUAUGAUUGCAUUGACGAAGUCUCUUCAGUGGGUAGUGGGCUUAUUAUUUCCAAGACAGCUCCAGAUGGAUGCUUUGGCGUUCUUUUGAAUUUACUUGCUGAGGGUAAAGUAAAAUUAACCAGAGUCGACCGGAAACCUCCAUCAUUGAAAUCGUAUUCUACAAAAUCUCAGGACAGACGUAAACUUGAAAGUGAUUUUAUCAUAUCACAGUUCAAGUCAAUCUCUGACGACGCGUUGAAACCGCAAGCACCACCCGUAGGACCUCCAUGCUCUAGGAUUUGGAUCGAUUUGAACGGUAAGUUUAAUGCUCCAUUAUGGCUGAAGUCAGUAUGUCUACUCAUUCGAUGUGUGGUGUUCAGACCUGGUGCUCGUCUUGUUGCGUUGUGUGAUCGUAUGUAUCCAUUUCUUGAAAGGUUUGAAGUGAAAUUGAUCAUGGAUUGGCUUGUAGCAAGGAAUAUUGUUAGAGAAGGUGCCUAUGGUGGCUAUUGGAUACUACCUUCAUGGUAUCUAGCAUUACAUAUAUGA